AUGACAGACGAUCCGGAACGGGUGUGUCCGGCUCCGACAAUAGCCGAUGUCGGCAGUGAGAAAGGCACUGUCCACUUGGACGCUCCAGCUGCCAGCUCCAACUCCAAUGCCGGGCCUGGGGAGGGACGCACAAGGAAGAAGCGCCUUCAGUUGAGCUGCGGCGAAUGCAGAAGGAAAAAGCUCUCCUGUGACAGAGGCCGACCUUGCCGCCGCUGCGUGAGGACGGGAAGAGCAGACCAGUGCGAAUUCGAAACUAAUCCGAGGCCUCUGUUGUUACCAAUCAACCCUGGCGCUCAGUUGGAGCAGAUUAAAUCCGACCAGGCUGAGCUUCAGAACCUUCGAACUGAGAUUUUUCAGUUGAGAGAACUGCUCUCGAAACCUACUCCUCAGAAUGGUAGGGAUCUCUUCACCGAAGAUGUCAACGGCGAUGAGAUUCCCAAACCAAGUGAAGUGGAUGCCAAGGACGCCAUUGCCAUCAGUCGGAAUCCCAUCAAUACCAACGAUGGCCCACCUGAUCCAAGAGAGAAAUCCCCACGGGGAUACUACAGACGACAUACUCUGCUGCGAUUCUUCUCAGAGAUUCCACAAUUGUUUCCAUUCAUCAAGGAAAUAGCUGAUCAAUGGCUUAAGCCCUACGGAAUCUACAUCAAGAAGAAUAAAGCCGGCAAAGAUGAUGGCUGGAGAAUGAAGAUGGCAGCCCAAGAGCAGCCAUUGAUAGAAACUCUGUUGCCACCAAAAGGUGACACAGACGUGCUAAUUGCCAUAUAUCUCGAUCACUUCGAGCAGCUCCAUCGUGUUGUUCACGUACCGACAUUCAACAGGGAGUAUAUCAACUUCUGGACUCCUGGUAAACCCCGGUACCCAACAAUGGCAGCAAUGAUACUGUCCAUGAUUACUGUGUCAAUUUGUGCCUCUUCCCACCUUGUGGGCGCUACACCAGUCCCUGCCGCCUACAGGAACAUGGCUGAGCAGUGGAUUUCCUCAAUUGACGACUGGUUAAGAUUGCAAAGUACAAAACAUCGUAAACUUGUGCACUAUCAAGUCGGUUGUUUAAUGUACAUUGCCAAACGGAUGAACAUUGUCGGAAAGAAGAGAUUCUGGAAAGAUACCGGCUCUUUGGUACAAGACGCUAUCAUGGAUGGUUUGAAUCGUAAUCCUUCCAUGGCAGAUGCGUUUUUCAUAAGGGAGAUGAAGAAACGCAUAUGGUACACUAUUCGCGAGCUGGAUCUCCAGAAUUCUUUUGAAUGUGGCCUGCCCACUCUUCUCCACAGCGUCGAGUGCAGUGUCUCAGCGCCCCUCAACCUUGCUGAUGAAGAUUUUGACGACACUACCAAGCAGACUCCCAUGUCAAGAUCCUCUGAUUACUAUACAGCAUCUUCUUACCAGUUCCAUAGCUUCCGCAGCUGGGAGCUACGCCUCGAGAUAUCACGACGAUUGUUCGGAUCCGGAUUCUUCAGAGCUCUAAGCUACGACGAUGUGUUGCGCUACACUCAUGAAAUCACAAAAGCGAUCAAUGACCUUCCCCCCUGGAACAAUAACAGAACUGACAACAAAAGUGAUGCAAACCUUUUGUUGUCGUACUCAAUAUUGGAGUUUCAACUCAAGGAAUGCCUAUUGGCCAUCCACCGGCCAUACAUUGACAGAGAAGGAGGUGGCUAUCCACUUUCGGAGAACAUUUGCUACCAGACAUCACGAGAAAUACUAGUUUCUAGUAUCCAGCUUACAAACCUGGGGAUUCAAAGCUUGGCACAGCUGCGCGAAGAUCUUGCGCUUGCUUCACUCCAUAUAACGCGCCUUACUCUAUUACAACCAGAAGGCUCCAGUAGCAUCAUCAUGACCAAUGCGCUGUCGACUGUGGAUUUGCUAGAGCAAUGCCUCCCCGUUAUCGAAGACAAGUACCUGCGCUUCUCUGAUCCUUGGACCUUUUUUAUCAUGUGCACAGCCAUCAUGCUCAUCAAGAUACAUCUGGGAAAAGAAUCUCGACAAAAUGCAAAGUCAUCUUGCGCACGCAGAUUUCUGGACUUGUACUAUAAGAAUGCUUCUAAUGCCUGCCCACCACCUCCUCCAGAUGCAAGCGCUCUGCCUACUGCAGUGUGGCUCGAUAGCAGCUACCCCGAUCUUAAUCACAACGCGAACAAGAAUUACCUGCGAUAUUUGUGCAUUGCAUUCAAAACUGUACCAAUGGCGUUAUUUCAGCCGUUUUCUGUCUCUGGGAAAACAGCCAUCAUAACUGGCGCCGGUUCUGGUAUUAAUCUUGCUUUUGCGGAACUCCUUCUAUCGCGGAACUGCAAUGUCGUCUUUGCCGACCUGGAGCUGCGACCAGAGGCAAAAGAUGUCAUUGCCAAAUACCAGAGCCAGGCUUCCUUCAUCCGGACAGACGUAACCUCGUGGUCCGACCUUUCUAAGAUGUUUAGCUUUGCCCUUGAAACGUAUGGGGAUUUCGAUAUCGUUUGCCCAGGAGCCGGAGUAUACGAGCCUCACUGGUCUAAUUUCUGGCAUCCGCCCGGGUCCAGCGAAAGCAGGGAUGCACUCGAGCAAGAUCACUAUAAGCUGCUGGAUAUCAAUCUGACGCAUCCCAUCCGUGCAACCCAGAUGGCAAUAUCGCAUUGGCUAUAUCCUCGCGAGCCUGCCAAAGGUUCCAAGUUCAACACUGCGCCGCCAAAAGUAUCACUCAGCAACCCAAAGAGGAUCGUUCACAUCUCUUCAGUUGCUGGGCAGAUUCCUGUAUUUAGAGCCCCGCUGUACGGCGCAUCCAAGUUUGGUAUUUCUGGCUUCAUUCGCUGCCUCACACAGCUAGAGCCUCGAUUCGGAGUGCGCGUAAAUGGUGUUGCGCCUGGAGUUGUCCGUACUCCUCUUUGGACGGAGCAUCCAGAGAAGCUGAUGAAUGUUGAUGCUGGCCAAGAUGCGUGGGUAACUCCGCAAGAGGUAGCGCAAGCAAUGCUACAAUGCGUUGAAGAAAACGAGUACUUUGGAGGAACAAUCUUGGAAGUCGGCGCAGGUCAUACGAGGAAAGUAAAGGUUUACAACGACCCAGGUCCAAACAUGGAUCCCUCCGGGGGCAUUAUUACCAGCAAUAGUGCCCUUGGCGAUGAUGAAGUCAUUGACUGGCUGCAUGAAGAGGCCAUAUGGGGAGCUCAAGGCUAG